AUGCCCAAUAUCUCCACGUUAAGGGAAUUCCUCCUGCUGGGUUUCCCGGAGAUCCAGGAGUUGCAGCUUGUCCACGCCGCACUGUUCCUCCUGGUCUACCUGGUGGCCCUGUCGGGGAAUCUCCCCCUCGUCUCUGUCACCAUCGUCGACUGGCGUCUCCACACCCCCAUAUCCACCUCCCUCCUGGGCUAUGUGGCCCAGGUAUUUUUGGUAGUUCUGUUUGCUUUUUCAGGGGCGGUCAUCCCCAUGAUGAUGUCCUACGACCGCUACUCCGCCAUCUUCCACCCCCUGCGCUAUGUGCUCAUCAUGACCAACAUGGCCUGUGAAAAGAUGACGGCUGACUCCUGGCUCAGCGGGCUGCUGUUUGGGGUCUUCUAUUCUUUGAAAGCUUUGACUUUCUCCCUGAGUUUCUGUGGGUACAACAUCGUCCAGAAGUUCUUCUGUGACGCCGUGCUGAAGAGGCUGGCCUCCGAGAGCCGGGCCAAAGCCUUCUCCACCUGCCUGCCUCAUCUCGCCAUCAUCGUCUUCCUCUCGACUGGAGCCGUUGACUACUUCAAGCCCGUGUCAGAACCCACCUCGACCCUGGGCCUACUGUUGUCCAUAUUCUACACCGUGAACCUGUCUGUGCUCGAUCUCUUUCUCAUCUCCGUCACCGUCCCCAAAUCCGGCACCAUCUCCUUGACCAAUAACAGCUCUAUCUCCUUCCGGGGCUGUGUGGCUCAGCUCUUACUGGUGAUCCUGUUUGCCGCUUAG